AUGUGCAACUCCUGUUGUGGCUCCGUCUGCUCUGACCAGGGCUGUGGUCAAGGCCAGGAGACCUGCUGCCACCCCAGCUGCUGUGUGUCUAGCUGUUGCAGGCCUCAGUGCUGCCAGUCCACCUGCUGUCGCCCCAGCUGUUGUGUGUCCAGCUGCUGCAGGCCCCAGUGCUGCCAGUCUGUUUGCUGCCAGCCCACCUGCUGCCAUCCCAGCUGCUGCAGCCCCCCGCCCACCUGCUGCCGCCCCAACUGUUGUGUGUCCAGCUGCCGCAAGCCUACCUGCUGCAUCUCUAGCUGCUGCCGCCCUUCCUGCUGUAUUUCCAGCUGCUACCACCCCUCUUGCUGUGCUUCCAGCUGCUGCAGGCCCACCUGCUGUAUUUCCAGCUGCUGUCACCCCUCUUGUGGUUCCAGCUGCUGCAGGCCCACCUGCUGCAUUUCCAGCUGUUGCCACCCAACCUGCUCUAGUGGUUCUUGUUGCUGA